GAGAGAGAUCUGGUUUUGGAGUCUACUCCUACAUAGUUAAUUAAUUGUAGAGCCCAAGGCUCAGUCAUCGACUCUCCUUGAGUUAUCUCUCUGCUCUCUCUCUCUAUCGAAUCUCUCUCAGAUGGGUCGUCAUACUUCCAACCGGGUCAUCUCUCCCAUCAUCUUCUUCCUCAUCUUCAUCUCAUCGGCCCAUUCCUUUUAUCUACCCGGGGUUGCUCCCCGUGAUUUCUCAAGGGGUGAUCCGCUUCAAGUUAAAGUCAACAAACUGUCAUCUACUAAGACACAGCUUCCUUAUGACUAUUACUAUUUGAAAUUCUGCAAACCCCAAAAAAUCAUGAAUAGCGCAGAAAAUUUGGGGGAGGUUCUCCGAGGUGAUCGUAUAGAGAACUCGGUUUAUUCAUUUCUAAUGAGGGAGGAGCAGCCUUGUAAGGCGGCCUGUCGUAUGAAGCUGGAUGCUGAAGCUGCAAAAAAUUUUAAGGAAAAAAUCGAUGAUGAGUACCGCGUUAACAUGAUCUUGGAUAACCUUCCAGUUGCUGUUCUUAGACAAAGAAGGGAUGGAAGUCAGUCAACUACUUAUGAACAUGGUUUCCGUGUUGGGUUCAAAGGAAAUUAUGCAGGGAGCAAAGCAGAGAAGUACUUUAUCAAUAACCACUUGAGCUUUAGAGUUAUGUAUCAUAGAGACCUUGAGACUGAUUCUGCGAGAAUCGUUGGGUUUGAAGUUACACCACACAGUAUUAAUCACGAGUACAAGGAAUGGGAUGAUAAAAACCCUCAGCUAACGACAUGCAACAAGAAUACGAAAAACAUAAUUCAAGGUAGCGCUGUACCCCAAGAAGUUGAGAAAGAUAGGGAGGUUGUAUUUAGUUAUGAUGUUACUUUUAAGGAAAGUGAUAUUAAAUGGGCAUCACGAUGGGACACCUAUCUUUUGAUGAAUGAUGAUCAGAUUCAUUGGUUUUCUAUAAUAAACUCUCUGAUGAUUGUCCUCUUUCUUUCUGGAAUGGUGGCCAUGAUCAUGAUGAGAACCCUUUACCGAGAUAUCGCAAACUAUAAUCAACUCGAAACACAGGACGAGGCUCAGGAAGAAACUGGAUGGAAGCUUGUUCAUGGAGAUGUAUUCAGGGCACCAGUUAAUUCUGGAUUACUCUGUGUUUAUGUCGGGACUGGGGUUCAAAUUCUGGCAAUGACUCUUGUAACAAUGAUAUUUGCUUUGCUGGGGUUCUUGUCACCUUCGAACCGUGGCGGACUUAUGACUGCCAUGGUUCUAUUAUGGGUUUUCAUGGGCUUAUUUGCUGGUUAUUCUUCUGCACGAUUGUACAAAAUGUUUAAAGGAACAGAGUGGAAAAAGAAUACAUUAAAGACAGCUUUCUUGUUUCCUGGUAUUCUGUUCGCUAUUUUCUUUGUUCUGAAUGCCUUGAUCUGGGGAGAGAAAUCAUCCGGAGCUGUACCGUUUGGCACUAUGUUUGCUCUUGUCUGCUUAUGGUUCGGGAUAUCAGUACCACUAGUUUUUGUAGGCAGUUACCUGGGCUUCAAAAAACCAGCCAUGGAAGACCCAGUUAAGACUAAUAAAAUUCCAAGGCAGGUACCAGAGCAGGCAUGGUAUAUGACACGGACCUUCUCAGUGCUUAUUGGAGGCAUUCUUCCCUUUGGUGCUGUUUUCAUCGAACUAUUCUUCAUCUUGACAUCCAUAUGGCUAAAUCAGUUCUACUACAUCUUUGGCUUCUUGUUCAUAGUUUUUGUUAUCUUGGUAGUAACAUGCGCAGAGAUAACGGUUGUGCUGUGCUACUUCCAGUUGUGCAGUGAAGAUUACAAUUGGUGGUGGAGGGCUUACCUUACUGCAGGAUCAUCUGCCUUAUACCUGUUCCUCUACUCCAUUUUUUACUUUUUUACAAAGUUGGAGAUCACAAAGCUAGUUUCGGGCAUCCUGUAUUUUGGGUAUAUGUCAAUUGCAUCAUUUGCCUUCUUUGUUUUGACAGGGACGAUUGGCUUCUAUGCUUGUUUAUGGUUUGUUCGAAAGAUCUACUCAUCUGUGAAGAUCGACUGAUUUCAUGGCAGAGAUAAGGUUCUUGAUAUGUUUAGUACAUUACCAAUUAGUGUUGACCUUGGAUCAAAGUUUGGAAGUACGGUCAAGAAGAAUCGUCACUUUUGCAGGAUAAGAGCUAAAUUACCGAGUUUUCCUACUUCAGAGAACCCUUUUUUCCUUCCCCAUAUCUUCUGUAGGAAUGAAUGUAUCUUUUUUUAUAAUUGUUUAUGUUUACAAUUUACAGCAGUGGUCAUGAUGUCAACUUUAUUAGUAGUUUGUGACAAGGUUCAUAUAUAUCUUAGUGGUAUUGAAAAACUGUUUUGUUUA